ACUGUUCAGCUUGUGUGAAAAGCACAGUAUUGGUGAUUCCUAACUGAAGUGUACAAGUGCUAAAUAUUUGGCCCCUAAGUAAAUGAAUAUUCUUUGAUUUCUGGUUUCCCUUCUAGACUGAGUCAGGUUUCCAGUUUGUAGGGUUACAAGGUGGUAUACACAGUGCUUUAUCACUUCCUGUGCUUUCUAUCUCUUCUGUGUUUCCCCUUUGGUCAAAGCCCACCCUACUGAAAGAUGGAGCAAUGAGUGGUAUCACACUGAGGCUGGGAUGAGUGAUCACGAAGGGGUUGAACUAGGAUACCCUGACUCCGUGGUCUGACCCAGACCUUUCCCUGAGUCAUGUGGGGACAUUCAGUUGCUCAGCAGCACAGGACUGGUGCCUGGCUAAGCUGCCUUUCCACGGUGUAGGCUAAGAUGGCCUUGUUAUUAUUGGGUGUCUUAUACAAUAAUCUCAGAGAUGCAUUAUGGUAGUGUGAGGUCAGCAACAGGCACCUAUGAGGAUUUCCCUUCUGUCCAGUGUUGCCAUAUAAGGGAGUCUCACCCAAGCUCACCUUCACUGUUCCAUGAAAUUUUGAGAAGCCAGGCAUGGUGGUGUAUGCCUGUAAUCUUGGCACUUGGGAUUCUAAGGCAUGAGUAUUACAAUGAGUUUGAUACAAUGUACUACAUAGUGAGACUAUGUCUAAAACAAAAUAAAGCAAAGCAAAACAAAACAAGACAAAACAAAACUUCAUGGAACUUUCAGGCAUUGCACCUAUGCCCUCAUGAACUGGGACACACUGUUGCUUGGUCUGCUCAGCCCUUGUGGGACAUGGUUUGUGUGCAGUGCCUUGGGAAAGUUGUGAAGUACAUUAGGCUCGCCAUCUACUGCUCCGCUUUUCAUCACUAUAGGCUUUGGAUUUUCCCUUCAGAGGGGAAUCUCCCCUUCCACAAGCUUCCACUACUGUUGGUACAGGAUGGCCAAGCCCUACUGGGAUCUUCUUAGAUGAUACUUGCUUUAUCUGAUUCUGGGGCUGUCCAGAGUUUGUAAAUAGUGGAGCAUAUAGAUGCAGUCUUUGUUUCUUCCCUCUAGAGAAUUUUGUGACCUCGUGUCUGUGCCAUUCCUCUAAAGAAGGAAGGAAGGUGUGAUCUGUUGACCAGACUUGUACAGUCUAUACUACCUGGGUUAUCUGACUCUUGACACCCACACUGCCACUGGGUAUUUCCCAUUUUUGACCUAAUACCCAUCAAGACAGAGAGAAAGAGAGAGAGAGAGAGAGCCAUAGGGCACGAAGAGGUGACACAUCUUCCAGUUGGACUUGAAUUUCUUGUAACUAGGUUAAUUGGUAUAAUGUAUCCACCUAUAAAAAUUACAGGGUGGCUCACUCAAGGAUCAUGAAUCUGUAGCAAGAGGUGGAAGCUUUCCUUCCCUGUGUGUUCUAGUGGACUGUCAGCCUGGCUUUGAGGACCAUCUUCUGCUGUUUCUGAGCCUUGUUCUUCUUGGACUCCACUGCCCAAUGGCAGCGAUCAUGGACUUAGGUUUUAUGUAUCGCUGGUUUAAGAACUGUAAUCUAGUUCCCAACCUUUCGGAGAAGUAUGUCUUCAUCACAGGGUGUGACUCUGGCUUUGGGAACAUGCUGGCCCGACAGCUGGUUGAACGGGGGAUGCGGGUGCUGGCUGCUUGUCUUACUGAGGAGGGGGCUCAGAAACUUCAGCAGGAUACCUCCUACCAGCUGCAGACCAUCCGACUGGACAUCACCAAGACGGAGAAUGUCAAGGCUGUGGCCCAGUGGGUAAGGGACCAAGUAGGUGAUCAAGGCCUCUGGGCCCUGGUGAACAAUGCUGGUUUGGGCCUGCCCAGUGGUCCCAAUGAAUGGCUGACCAAAGAGGACUUUGUAAAGGUGAUCAAUGUGAACCUGGUAGGGAUGAUUGAUGUGACCCUCCACAUGCUGCCUAUGGUCAAGAAAGCCCGGGGAAGGGUGGUCAACGUGUCCAGCUCUGGUGGUCGUGUGGCUGUCAUUGGUGGUGGCUACUGUGUCUCCAAGUUUGGAGUUGAAGCCUUCUCUGACAGCAUCAGGCGUGAGCUGUACUACUUUGGAGUGAAGGUAAGCAUCAUUGAGCCUGGGAACUAUAAGACAUCGAUUCUGGGAAAGGAGACCAUUCCUAAAAGAAUGGAAAAGCUGUGGGAGCGACUGCCUCAGGAGACCCGAGAGAGCUAUGGAGAGGAGUACUUCCGCAUCUAUACUUACAAGUUGAAUAACAUGAUGCAGCUGGGAGAGCCCAGAAUUACUGAUGUCAUCAAUAGUAUGGAGCACGCCAUUGUUUCCCGGAGUCCUCGUAUCCGCUACAACCCUGGCCUGGAUGCCAAACUCCUCUACCUUCCCUUGGCAAUGUUGCCCACCCCUGUGACAGAUUUCAUCCUGAGUCGAUACCUUCCAAAGCCAGCAGACAGUGUCUGAGCUGGGGAAGUUCCAGGGGCGGAUGGUGGAAUUCACAGGAUGGGAAGGGAGAAAGGAUUGUGGUGGUAUCAGACAUCCUUUCAUGGAAGUACUGGCUACAAAGGACACUGAGCUCAACUGACACAUUGGUAAUCAAUGCCUCCUCUCCCCUGCUGGGAGUCCUACAGACCUGAAGUGGUCUUUGCAGAUUUGAAGACCUAUGACACUGCCGCAAGGACAGGCAGAAUACAAAUUUUUAUGGGCCUGGAAGAGUCAAGGAGGAGGAUAUCUGAGUCUCAACCUGUUACUACCUCCGGGAAAUACUCGGGAUAAGAAUCUCAGUCUCCUCCCUUGGGUCCCUGGAUACUCACUAGCCUCAUCCAUACAAUCUGCUAGUGAAGUAUAGCAGCCAGGAGCUCAAGAGCAUAUUCAACUAUAGUUUAAAAUAGUUUUUAUUUCUACAUUUCUCUAUCUAUAUGUAGUUUGAAUCAACAUGAAAUGACAUUCAUUUAUUUAAUCAUUAUUACUUAAUUCUCCAAAUAUUUAUUGAGUGCCUGUUACCUACCAAGCACUAUAAAGGUAGUGGAGAUAAGAAGAUGAUGAAACUAUUGUCUUGAUUUUUUAUGGUUUAUUUUGAGGGAUUUUUGGGUCAUAACCCAGUAUCUUUCAGCACAGAUAGGGCAGUGGCAGAAGGAACAGAAACCAACAAACAAAGUGAGAGGCAUGCUGAGGAGGCCAUCAUGCAGUAGUGUUCAAAUAUAUCAUGUUCUUCACUUAAAUAAAAAUAUAUGUUCUUGGGCUCCACUGUUAGAAAAUGUGAUCCAUUAGACCUUGGAUAGAACUCAAAAAUAGGUAUUUGUAAUAAGGACCUGAUGAUUCUGGUGCAUACUUGGGGGCCACUGAUAGGGUUAUAGGAGAAGUAACUUCCACCAGAUCCCCAAAAAGCUUGCCUCCAGCUUAGUGGCCAAGACAAAGAACCUAUGUAUUCGGAUUCUCAGAUCAGGUUUUUCGGUUUUUGGGUUUUUUUUUAAUAAGAGAGAAUCAAGCUUUGAAAUUAGUUACAUUGUCAAAUAAGUCAUGGAACUAAAUUUAAAAAAAAAGGAAAUCAGCUUAAACUUUUGAAAAGACUUUUGAUCUUGAUGAAUAAUCUUGUAAUAAAAUUAAACAUGAUAUUUUAAAAACUGAAA